AGAGAGAGAGAUCUUCCUAGCGAUGGCAAACUCAGGGAUCACAAAUACUACUGAUAAUGCUGCACGAGCAUUAGGGGGUGAGUACCAGGUAUUCCUUAAUUUCAGAGGAACUGAUACUCGUCAUGGAUUCACAGACUUCCUCUACAAUAACUUGGUAGAUGCUGGAGUCCGCGUAUUCAGGGACGAAGAUGAACUCCACAUUGGUGAAGUCAUUGGUGAGAACCUUCUACGUGCUAUCAAUAGCUCCAAAAUCUACAUACCCAUCUUCUCUAAGACUUAUGCUUCUAGUAAAUGGUGCCUCCGUGAGCUUGCUCACAUAGUAGACAACGUGUCCAAGUUAGAUGUUGAAAAAAGUAUCCUUCCCAUAUUUUUUAAUGUGGAACCUGAGGAUGUUAAACUUAAGACCCCACUAUACAACGAUGCUUUCUUGGAACAUGAGAAGAGGUUUACCGAGGAAGUCGAGGCGUGGAAAAAGGCUCUUGCGCAGGUAGACGAAAUCAAGGGAUGGAAUGUCAAAAAGGAUCAAAGCCAAGCGAAGAUUGUCAGAUCGGUUGUUGAAAAAGUAUUGGAGAUGCUGGAGAUAAAACACAAAUCAGUGACUGAACUUUUAGUUGGAGUUCAUGAUCGGGUAAAAGAAUUGACAAAUUUAUUACAUGUCAACCACGAUGAUGUGCGGCUUGUUGGAAUUUAUGGAAUGGGUGGCAUUGGUAAAACAACUCUUGCCAAACUCGUCUUCAAUCAACUAUCUUGCCACUUUGGAAAGUGUUGUAGCUUCCUUGAGAAUGUUCGAGAAAACUCGUUGACUGAAAAAGGCAUUGUCCAUUUGCAAAAGAAAUUAUUAUUUGACAUUGUUGGUUGUGGAUUUGUGGAAAAAUUUAAGGAUAUUGAAAAAGGGAUGAGGAGUAUAGGAAGAACACUCCCAACUAAGAAGGUCUUUCUGGUUCUGGAUGAUGUUGAUAAUAAAGAGCACAUUAAGAAACUAAUAGGAAAUUUUUCAUUACAUUCAGGAUCCAGGAUAAUCAUUACAACAAGAAAUACAACUAUUCUGCAAGUUGAGGGGUUCAAAGGUGAAAUUCUAGAGUAUGAGAUGCGAAAGAUGGAUUAUGGUCAUGCAUUUCAACUUUUUUGUCAGCAUGCCUUUGGUGCAAACUUUGCUUGGGAUGACUUUCAUAGGCUUUCAAGUGAUAUUGUCUCACAUAUGGGAGGGCUUCCUUUGGCCAUUGAAGUGGUAGGUUCACUACUUAAAGGGAAAGACAAAGCAUUUUGGAAAGAGACAUCGAGGUUAAGGGAAAUACCAGAGAAAGAGAUUCUAGAGAAGUUGAGGAUUAGCUAUGACAACCUAGACGAAUAUCAGCAACAAAUUUUUCUUGAUAUAGCAUGCUUCUUUUCCCAUGAGAAGAAGACCGAUGCAAUUUACAUGUGGGCCGAUUGUCAGUUAUAUCCCCAAAGAGGAAUUGAUGUCCUUACUAAUCAGUGCUUGAUAAAGAUAGGGCACAACGAUGUGAUAUGGAUGCACGAUCAACUAAUAGACAUGGGAAGGCAAAUUGUGCGUGAAGAAAGUUCAAGUGACCUUGGAAGGCAAAGUAGGUUGUGGAUUGCAAAAGAGGCCCUCGAAAUCAUAAAGACUGAAGAGAGGAAGGACAAGGUUCUAGCGCUUGAUAUAAAUGGAUUGGAUUACCCCAUAGUGAUCGCAAAUGAUGAGUUUGAAAGGUUACGUAACCUAAGAUCCCUCAAGUUAGGCUCCGGAACUUUUGCUGGGGACUUUGUAAAAUGUCGUUCAAAGUUGAGAUGGAUUUCUUGGCAUUCUCCUCAUCCGAAUUUUAAGGCAGAAAAUUUGUAUUUAGAUCAUCUUGUCGUUUUUAAACUUGACUUGAAUGGCUUCAAGGAUGAUUCAAAGCAUGGGACUUGA